AUGAACCGUCCGCGUCCUGACGCGGGCUUCCCAUUGCCUCCCAUUGGCGCCCCGCCCAUGAUGAGUCGUCCGCCGCAGCAGCUCUUUGGUAACACGUUUGACCGGCUGCCACCGAUCCACUUGCCGGCCGACAUGGCGGCUGCCCACAUGUUUGGCAGCGACCCGAACGCCUACAUGGACGAUGCCAACGAGGCCAAGAGGCGGAGGAUAGCAAGGGCCUGUGACAUGUGCCGCAAGAAGAAGAUCAAGUGUGACGGCAAGAUGCCGUCGUGCACACAUUGCGUGAAUUACAAGACCAAAUGCGUCUUCACGCAGGUAGAGAAGAAGCGGAACCCGCCAAAGGGCGCAAAGUACAUUGAGGGCCUCGAGAACCGUCUGGGCCGGAUGGAGAGCCUCCUGCGACUGUCCGGCCUGCUGGGUGAGGACGACGGAGCGACGGAUCUGGGCACUCUGGAACGGAAGCUGGCUGAAAAGCUGCGCGAAUCGGGUAGGGGAUCGCUGGCAGCGGCAUCGAACGCGUCCUCGCCAUCACAGGCGACGUCGGCAAACGAUGGUGAUGAGUACACGCCACGCAGCUCGCUGACGUCGCCGGAACCGGGAAAGGACGGCAAGGACGGAAAGGACGGCGAGACGGGAAGCGGAAGUCGAAGCGGCAGCGGCGGUGGCGAGAACAGGUCGACAGCCACGCCGGACAAGAAGGGGGCCAAGAAGGAAGAGGAGGUGGAGGCGUUGUCGGAGAUGAUGUGUUCGCUGGUGACGAACAACUACGGCGAGACGCGGUAUAUAGGAUCUUCGUCGGGAUUCUCCAUCUUCUCGCCCAAGGGAAUGCAGUGGGUAAACGAGAAGACGGGCGACAACUCGUUCCAGCAGAUGAUUUCCAACGUCUCGCUGGACGACAACAAGUGGACCAACUGGAAGCCGGAGAUCUUUGCAGACCUGUUCAGCCGGCCGGUAUUUCGACCACUGCCGCCCAAAGCCGAGGCGUUGUCACUGCUCAAGGACUUUUUCGAGAACUUCAACUGCAUGUUUCCGCUCUUCCACCACCCGACGUUCAUGCACCUGGUGGAGCGGCAAUACUCCAAAGAUCCGUACCAGGGCUCGGGCUGGUGGGCGAGUCUGAACGUGGCGCUGGCGAUUGCGCACCGACUGCGGGUGAUGAGCAACCUGGUACCCCAAGAGGAGGAUGACAAGGCGUGGGCGUACCUGAAGAACGCGAUGGCGGUGUUCUCGGAGCUGGCAAUGCGAAACACGGAUCUGCUGAGCGUGCAGGCGCUGCUGGGGAUGGCACUCUUCAUGCAGGGCACGCCGAACCCGCAGCCGACGUUUCUGCUGAUCGCAGCUGCAAUCAGGCUCUCGCACAGCAUCGGGCUGCACAAGAAGGGCACGGGCUUCAACCUGAACCCGAUCGAGAUCGAGCAGCGCAAGCGGGUCUUCUGGAUCGGCUACAUGCUGGACAAGGACCUGUGUCUGCGAUCGGGACGGCCGCCAGCCCAGGACGACGACGACAUGAACGUGGAGCUGCCCGACGCCGAUCCGGCCGACAAUAUUGGCAAUAUCCCGUUGGCUGACGGCAAGGGCAAGAUGAAUCUCUUCCGGGUCAUGUGCGAGUUUGCCACGAUCGAGAGCCGGGUCUACAAGCGGCUGUACGCGACCAAGGCCACCAAGCAGACCAUUGGCGAGCUGCUCAACACGAUCGGCGAGCUGGACCAGCAGCUUGAGGACUGGAAGGACCGCAUUCCCAUCGACUUCCGGCCCGAGCACGAGAUCAAGGCCUCGCACACGCCGCUGAUCCUGCACGUCGUCAUGCUGCAUUUUACCUACUACAACUGCCUGACGACGAUCCAUCGCAUGUGCGUCCACCACGGCUACUGGACCAGUCGCCUGUCCGACUACGCCAUCCAGGGGCUCAAUGCCAAGCCGCUCAACCCGCGCAUCUACUCGUCGGCCACCCUGUGCGUCUCGUCGGCCCGAGCCUCCAUCUCGCUGCUCAAGUACAUUCCCCAGGGCGACUUUUCGUGUGUGUGGCUGAUCCUCUACUUUCCCGUAUCCUCUCUCGUCACGCUGUUUGGCAACACGCUGCAGAACCCGCUCGACCCGCGAGCCCGGUCCGACACGCGUCUGAUGAACCUAGUCGUCACCUUCCUGUCCAUGUUGGGCCAGGAGGCCGAGAGCGGCGGCGUCCACCGGAUGUUAGGCGUGUGCUCCGAGUUUGAGCGCAUUGCCAACAUUGUCAUCGACAAGGCCGAGAAGGAGCAGGCGAGCCGGCGAAAGCGGAAGAACCAGGACCCCCACGAGGUCGAAACGGCACAUCGGCCUGCUCCUAGCAUAACCAAGGCGGCCAAGACGCAAGGAGCCGUCGCAGCUGCUUCUUCUGCAGCUGCAGCCGCUUCCGCUUCUCAGCCAACGUCGCGGGCACAGUCGCUGGCACCACAGCCACAGCCGACCCCAACUCCUCGGCCGGCCAGCUCUUGCAGCACGACGACGACAGCCUACCACAACACACCGAGUGCCACGCCUGCAGAGGCUGCGGCUGCGGCCUUAACUGCGGCCGAGAUUGUCAACAGCCACCGGAUGGGCAGCCAGAAGAGUCACGGCAGCAGAGUCAAUCCCGCUGUCUCGUUGCCAAUCGGGAAUGGGGGAGGCUCUUCUGCCGUCACAACGGCACCGUCUCCAAACAUGGCGUCGGCCGACUGGGAUUCCGUCUUUGCCGGCGGCUUGGAGGACCACCAGCAACAUCAGCAGCAACAAGCCGGCGCGGGGCCGACGCUCAGCGGCGAUGCGGCCAACUUCAUGUCAUUUACCGACAUCCCGGGCUUCGAGACGGUUCCCGGCAGCGGCUUGCCCGACGGUCUCGGCAACAUGCAGUCGCCUCCCGUCGCGGACCUGAUGCCGAGCCAGCCCUUCCUGCCUCAGGACAUCUUCAACCUGCCCAUGACGCUCGACUGGGACUGGGCCGAGAUGAGCGGCGGCGCAUACCCCAGUGUGGAGAACGGCAAUUUUGAUUUGAUGGCGUGA